AUGAAGAUAGCACCACCCAUUAGAUUAAUUACUUAUGAUCCCGGUAGGGAUAUUACAAAGAUGAAGGUUAGAAUUCCCCAAUCGAGAUUUAAAAAGUUAUUUAAGGGAGUUAUCGCCGAGUUUUUGGGAACUAUGUUUCUGGUGUUUUAUGCUGCUGGUUCUGUAAUGACUGCGUUCUACGUCACCGGUGGAGAUUCCGCUGCAAGAAUUCUCUUGAUUUCCACUAUCCAAGGUUUUGCGUUGGCAGCACUCAUUUGGUCGAUUUCUGGUAUUUCCGGUUGUAAUCUUAAUCCCGCCGUUUCAGUGGCUAACAUGUUGUCCGGUCGUGUCGGUCUGAUCAAUGCGAUCGCCUACAUCGCUGCACAAGUCGUUGGUUCCAUAGCGGGUGCCGCCAUCAUCAAAGGUUGCAUCCCAUGGCGUUUCACUCAGGCGCUAGGUAACACACGUCUCGGACCUGGCGUUGGUUCGGGUAAUGGUUUCCUCUUUGAAAUGAUCACCACCAGUUUCCUCUGUAUGAUUGUGCUCGGUACAUCGAUUUUCAACAUCUGGGAUCGUAAACUCAAUAGAAUUGCACCGUUCGCCAUUGGUAUGGCGUUGUUUGCCGGUGUCGCCGUCGCACUGCCAUUCACAGGAGGUGCACUCAACCCAGUGAGAGCACUCGGUCCAUCGAUUGUCGGUGGAACCUGGUACAAUCACUGGAUCUACUGGUUGGGUCCAAUGGUUGGUGCACUCAUGGCUGCAUUCAUUUUCAGAGUGUUGCUCCAAGAGCGUUUCGACGUCAUCGACAAGCCAGGAUACAUCGAACCAGAUCUAUCCAUGCUUAAAGGAAAGUCUGAAUAUUAA